AUGGUGCUGGGCCGCUCCGUCGUCGGCUGCAUCUUCGUCACGCCCGAUGAGGGCGUUCAUGUGGCGUUGAUCGCGGACUACGGCCUGGUCACGAGCGCCGUGGCGGGCGAGAUCCCUGGUCUCCUCGCUGGAGGACGCACCUUGCGCUACAGCCGCAGUCCGCUUGACCGCUCCAGGACCACAGGUGCCAGCACGCUGAGGCGUUCCUCGCUGGCCGUGCAGACGCGCCGGACGAUGACGGCGUUGUCGCUUGUUCGCUGCAGCCGUGACGAUGAAGCUCGGGAGGCAGAUCCGAACCAGAUCAAACUAUGA